AUGGGAUCUGAUAAUACGGCAACAAGCUGCUCCUCCCCAGUGACAAAGCCACCAAGACUCACCGAGUCCUCAGUUGGUGACGGGGAGCACCCUGAAGGCGCCGGGAGGAGCUGCACGGAGGUGGCAGCGGCUUUGGAGCCUCGCCGGCUGCAACGGGGCUCUCGGCCUCGAGCUCGGGAUGGAGCCGUAGCGCUUGGAGACGGCGGACUGCAGGAAGCCGCGCACCACGGCGUCACGUGUGCGCUGCGACGGAGCCGUGAGAGACGGAAGCAGCACCUCUGCGGAGGCCGUUCCUCGCCGGAGAUAUACAAGAGCGAAGAGGGGGCCGCGGCUCCUCUUACCGGCCGGCCGGCGGGAGCUAUGCCAGGUUUAUCCAGCCGGUGGGACGGAGCCGGGGCUGAUUCGGCGGCAGCGAGGGCCCGAGGAGGCGAGGGCGGGUUGGAGCGGCGGCAGCGUCGGGGGCGAGGCCGAGACGAGAUGAGGACUGGCGGGGCGGCUGUGGGAGUCGGGUGGGUGCAUGGCGUAGGGAAGUCAGGGGAGUCGGAGGCAGAACAAUUUGGGAUGUGGACGAUCUUUCUUAAUAGGAGCAGAGAUAUGCUCGAAUAUGAACAUAUAGUAGUCCAUCACGCGCUGCAUGAAGUGAGUUUCAGAUGGUCAACAGUAUCAGCAUAUGCGAUCAGGCAGAUAUCAUCCAAAGAAAAAGAACUGCCCUUGUUAAGUUAG